GGAUUUUCUCUUCAGUGCUGUGAGAGGUCAGUGUUUCGUGACUCAGGUUCUGACAGGAAGGAUUGAAAUAUGAUUCAUCAUGUUUCUAUAAAGGUCCCGAGCGACCAUGAGCUUGUGUAGGUGACACUGAACGCUUGGAGGCUAUUUGUGGCCCUUCGCUGACAGCUGACCGCAGGGGCCAGAUCAAAACAAGCAAACCAACCAGAGACCAUCACAACACCCCGCCGGCCGGACACAUAACAGACUCAAGGAAAAGAGAUUACAUAUAAUUCUCCAUCAGCUUCUGAACUGAAGUGAGCUUCAGCGAUAUGACCUCAAAUGAGGAGGACACAGAUCAUGAUAUUGAACUCUUCGUGAAGGCUGGCAGUGAUGGAGAAAGUAUUGGAAACUGUCCUUUUUCUCAAAGGCUUUUCAUGAUCCUGUGGCUGAAGGGAGUCGUGUUCAACGUCACCACCGUCGACCUGAAAAGGAAACCAGCUGAUCUUCAUAAUCUUGCUCCCGGGACUCCUCCACCAUUCCUUACCUUCAAUGGCGAGGUGCGGACGGAUAUCAACAAAAUCGAGGAAUUCUUGGACGAGAUGCUAGCGCCUCCCAAGUAUCCAAAACUGGCUGCGAAGAACAAGGAGUCCAACACGGCGGGAAACGACAUCUUCUCAAAGUUCUCAGCCUACAUCAAGAACACAAAUCCAGGAGCCAAUGCAAGUCUGGAGAAGGGGCUACUGAAAGCUCUGAAGAAUCUGGACAACUUCCUGAACUCCCCUCUGCCGGACGAGAUUGAUGUCGAUAGUACGGUGGAAGAGAAGUGCUCCGACCGCAAGUACUUGGACGGCAAUGAAUUAACGCUCGCAGACUGCAACCUCCUCCCCAAACUGCACAUAGUGAAGGUGGUUUCUAAGAAGUACCGUAACUUUGAGAUCCCAUCCGAGUUCAGUGGGGUCUGGAGGUACCUGCAGAACGCCUACGCCAGGGACGAAUUCACCAACACCUGUGCGGCAGACAGAGAGAUUGAAGUGGCCUAUCAGGACGUAGCCAAGAGGCUGGGCCAAUGAAAAUGCGCGAAUCAGUGAAUCCAAUAAUCAUAUGCAAAACUGCUAAAGUGGGGACCUUUGCCUUGGUGUCAAUGUCUCAUUUUCCUUCAGCAGUUGUUAAGCAGAAUUUGCCUUCAGGGCUUCGACUCGUUCCUGUAAUACUCCUGACAUGCUUGUGUUUAGGCCUUCACAUUCUGUUGCCAUUGUGUUCACUGUCUGUAAGUGACAUAACCUCUAUUAGUGUUGCUAUAAAAAAAACUGUGCCACUGUUUCUCUGCA